AUGACGUCGAGAUAUAGAGUAGAAUACGCCUUGAAGAGCCAUCGUAGAGAUGAGCUAAUUGAGUGGAUUAAGGGGCUACUAGCUGUUCCGUUUGUAUUGCAUGCUGACGUCGAAAAUUAUAAAGUGAAUCGUGAGCAGUUCAGCACUAUCGAAGAGUAUGAGGAAUAUUGUCAAUCACGGGAAACAGAAAUAGCGGAUGAAUGUAGGAAAAGGUAUCUUGAAAUAUUUGGUGAUGUGGAAUUACUUAUUGAGCAUUCAAGGGCGAGUGAUGAAAGCACAAUUGGCCUUGCUAAAAGUAGGCUACAAAAAAUGGUCCCAUCUGUCGGCAAGUUUUUUACGUCAUUGCCCUUGAAAAGAGCUUUUUUGAUUGAGGAUUCAAGAAGACAUAUCUCGAGUAGAAGGUAUGUUAGUCCUUCUUUCAAUGAUGUUAGGCACAUUUUAAAUGCGGCGCAAAUAUUAGUCCUUGCCGACUUGUAUAAGGAGCUGGAUUUGACAGACACACAGUUGAAACUAAUUACAUUUGAUGGUGAUGUGACCCUAUAUGAAGAUGGAGAAUCUUUAAAUUCUGAUUCACCAAUAACAGAGAAGCUAAUUAAGCUUCUAUCUAUGGGAUUUUUUUUGGGUGUGGUUACUGCUGCUGGCUAUCCUGGGCAAAAUGGAGCAUCGAAGUAUUAUGAAAGGUUAAAAGGAUUGGUUGAUGGUAUACGUACCUCCAAAAAGUUGAGUGAUAAACAGAAACAAAAUCUUUUGGUCAUGGGCGGCGAAUCUAAUUACUUAUUCCGAUACGACUCGGAUCUUGGCAAUCUCAAGUUCAUAGAUGGUAAAGAAUGGUAUUUGCCCUUGAUGAAGAGCUGGGAUAGUGAAACUAUAAGUUCCAUUGUCGACUCAAUUUAUUAUCACUUAAAGCACCUUCAAAAAAAAUUCAAUUUGGAAGAUAAAACGAUUGUAAUCAAAAAGGAAAGAUCUAUCGGAAUAAUACCGAACGAAAACCAAAAAAUCUUAAGGGAGCAACUAGAGGAAAUGGCUGUAUCAUGCUCUGCAAGACUGGAAGAUUUGCUUCAUAAAUUGAGAAAUCGUAAUAAGGGCUCUGAUGAUGAUAUUAAGAUAUGCGCUUUUAAUGGGGGCUCAGACGUAUGGGUCGAUAUCGGAGACAAAAGCUUAGGGGUUGAAUCUUUACAAAGAUUCUUGUGUAAAGACUUAACGUAUCAUCACUUGUGCCCUAUCCUCAAACAUGAAACAUUACACAUCGGAGACCAGUUCGCUAGUGUAGGCGCAAACGAUUUCAGAGCUAGACAAAGUGCAUGUACGGUCUGGAUAGCAAAUCCAAAAGAAACCUUAGCGAUACUAGACGAACUAAUCAAUCAUGUAGAACCAUCGACUUAA